ACAGCAGUUACAGUGAGAGCUACAGAAGCUCGCAGUAAAUCCAUCAACAGGAGAGCAACCACCUCAUAAAAAACGAUUGAUUUUUGUACUUCAGAUUCAGAUAGUGCCAGAAAUAAGAACUGCCACGUAAAGCAUUCAUUCUAUUGCCACGUAGCACAUGCAUGUUUCCCAUUUGUAAACGCAGAACUCAUGCAACCCACCACGUGCCACGCCACAUCCCCGUCAUCACAUGAUCACAUCUAUAUAUCGUCCCCUCCUGCAGCACUGACUCUUUGUAUCACUGAUCACUAUGGCUGAUCAAUCAAGACACGUCACCCUGAAGCUCCAGGACCACGACCAGUCAGCAGCCCAACCAUCCUCCCUUCGCCUGACUGGCAAGUUCUUGACAGCAGGCGCAGCUGGUACAACCCUUUUAGUCCUGUCCGGGUUAACGUUAACAGGGACAGUGAUGGCCCUGAUCAUGGCCACACCAGUGCUGGUGGUGUUUAGUCCAAUCCUAGUCCCAGCUGGGAUAGUCGUGUUCCUGACAGCAGCCGGCCUUGUUUUCUCUGGCGGGUGCGGCGUGGCGGCAGUAACAACGUUGACAUUGAUGUACAAGUACAUAUCUAGCUAUGUGGCUACAAAGAAAAGAGCUUACUCGUAUGGGCAGUACUUCUGCCCUUUUUGAAUUUCAGGGUGGGUUUAUGUAUCGAGAAAAUAAAAUAUCCUGUUGGUUUGGUGUUUUAGCUUUUUGUUGAUGAAAAUAAAAACUCGUUUGAUUUCUGCUUUUCAUAGCCCUGCUAUGUACGCAUGUCUUGGGUUCAUUUGCAAGUUGAUGGUCAAUUCCCAGAGAAGUU